AUGGGUAAUCUAUGUAUGAUGUAUACCAUAGAAGAUGUUCGAUACUGGAAUUUCAUCGUGAAUAAUGCCAUCAAGUUGAACAUGGUACGUGAAUUGAAAACAUACGUAGAAUUCCUAAGAGAAAAAUGUGAUAGAACUCAACUAUACCAAAUUGCAUGGCAAGCAAUAGUCGAAGACGCCUUUCAUCAAGCUUCUAUCGCAUCAAGUGACAAUUUGGAAGAAAGGCUGAUAAGCAACUUUUUAAUGCUACAGUCAUGCCCUGUCUCCCAGUCUCUUAACUAUGAGAAAAUUAUGCAGUUAUGUCAGAAUUUAGGAAAGCACGAAUAUGCUGCAUUACUCUUACAAUAUGUACCAGAAGAACGUAGAAAUAGAUUUUAUGAGUAUUUUUCUACCAAAAACAGUAUAUUACGAGAUUUAGAAAAAUUGGAGAUGCGAGGCUUGUGUGGUACUAAAAAAGUGAGACAGUGGCUAAGUUCGCGCUAAGAGGUCAUAUUUGAUAUAUUCCAAUGUGCAUUUAUAUUUAAUCUUUUUUCAAUAAAUGAAGUUCCAUAAAA